AUAUUAUUUGCGACAUUUCUAUGGUAAAUUUGUAAAUAUCCGAAUUGAUAUUAUUAAGUGUUCAUUUCUUUGUUGAUACGAUGAACCGGAAUCACUAUCGGGCUUCGUUAGGCGCUGCACUUGACACAUCAACGGUGUUAGAUUUAGAAGGUAAUCACGAUGAAGAUUUUCCACUUUUGAUGAGCACAAAGCAAAGAAAAAAGAAAAUUAAACAAAAGCAAAAGAACUUAUCAGAUAUCAAAUCAGAGAGGCAGAGAUGGAACAACCAAUUAUAUCUACACGAUUUGGUUUUCGUUGUCGUAUUCGUCAAAAUUUGGCCGAAACAUAGAGGACUAUUAAAAAGAAUUUAUGUUUCCUUGACUCAGAUUGUCGCUUUACCUCUAUGCACUUGCUUUGCUCGAGUUUGGCAAUGUAACGAAGAGUUGAAUAUGGAGGUAGAAAAUAUUGAAAAUUGUUGGAAAGGACCACACGUUGCUUUUUAUUGUGUACCCUCCUUGGUGAUAUUUCUUGUAUUCAUGGUGAUAGUUCCAUAUGUCUUAAUUAGUAGAGCUUACAUUACGAUUCAUUCCUCUUCGGAACAUCGCCAUGAACAAACUCUACAGCAAGUUGAGUUGGAGAAAGCAAGUAACGUAAAUGAACCUCCUAUGCAUUUUUAUCUCGUCGGAGCACUUCGAAGAAAGGCUGGGCUUGGUAUAACUGGUUGUAUGCUAACGUCUGGAACAUCGACAGUGUGGCUAACUCCGACUUAUUUACACGCUAUAAUUACUGUCUGUUUCGUCAUAUGGCUUCUUGUAACUUUGGGAGUUUUCGCUUAUAUUAUUAUCAAGCUUUGUUUGGCAAAUAGAUUUAAGGAUCCAAUGUGGCCAACUAUGAAGUUAGACGAAAAUUCUAUGAGAUUCCUCGAAUCGGUGAGAUUAGCUACCAAAUGUUUGAACGACUCAAUGACGGUUGAGCCGAUUUUGGCUCCUUCGCAUGAACUCAGUCGACACAUCCAUAUUAUUAAUGCUAAUCUCAGAGAAGCUGAAGUUCUAGAAGAUCCAAUGAAGUUUACACUUUGGCGAACUCUUGACAGAUUGAUUCAUUUUCACUCAAGAAUAGCACCAAGAUCUCUUUUCUCAGAAUCUGUCAAGGAAUCUAUACGCCAAACUGCCAAGGAUUUCAUUAUGAUGAAGGCCAAAUUUGCUAAGAGAUUAGCUGCAAGAGAUGUCGAAUUCGCUCUGGCCAGCCCAGUUAAAAAGAGAAUGAUGCUGAAAAUGUAUUGCAUUGCGAUUUUUAACAGUCUUGGUCGGGGAAGAUCUUUCUACGUAUCGGCUAGUAGAGAUACCAGUCGAGAACCUAGUAAAGCAAAUACCGGAAGGAGUUCAGCCAACAGCGCUGGAAGUCGCGAAGAGGCCGAGGCUUGUCUUUAA